AUGAGUUCUGCCAAGGUUGCUGAUGUUGUUCCAGCCGUUGUCGCCUGGAGUCUUAUAAUAGUCCUUACAACAGUCUACCUCAUAUUUAUUUGCUUCCAAUUUGCUGCGACAUAUUCCUGGUCAAUAUUCGCUCUCCACAGUAUUCUGUUUUUGUAUGUUCUAUGCUGUUUGACACGCACAACUUUUAUGGACCCUGGUUAUUUCCCCUUCGCUACUGAGGGAGAAGCUGAAUAUGAAGAAACUAAAUCUGCUCCUGUUCAUCGGGAAUAUAAUAUAAACGGAGUACUGGCUAAAGUCAAGUGGUGCAGCACUUGCCUUUUCUAUCGUCCACCCAGGUGUUCACACUGUUCUAUAUGUAACCGGUGUGUUGAUACUUUUGAUCACCAUUGUCCUUGGGUCAAUAAUUGUAUUGGGAGAAGAAAUGCUCGAUACUUUUUUAUGUUCCUGGUCUCUCUCACACUUCAUAUGGUUGUUGUGCUCAGUGUAACCCUCGCAUCCCUCUUGCUGAGUGAGCAGCCGAUAGCAUUCUACACAAAUAUUAUACGUAUCAUUAUAUUAUCACUAGUUGGUGUUAGUUUCAUUCCGGUCUUUGGACUAACUUCAUUUCAUGUUUAUCUGAUUUCUCGAGGAAUGACAACGAAUGAACAGGUUACAGAUAAGUUCCGUGGGCUAAUAAACCCUUUUACUCUGGGUUGUUUAUUAAAUUGGAGGAGAUUCUGUUGUGAACCCCAGUUUCCCCGCCGCUAUUUAGAAGAAAAUGCAACAAAAUCACGCCAUAUAGGAUGUGCUAAACUAAGAAGAAAAAAAUUUAAUAAAUUACACGAUCUGAUAGUAAAUGUCAGUGGUUCUGAUGAUGGUGUUAUCAAUACGCAUGGAGAAUCGAACCAUAAACUUCUUAUGGAUCGUGCAUAUCACACAACUUCUGACAAGAGCACUUCUGAAAGUAAUGAUAAACUUGGGAAAAGUGAUUUGAAAAAUUCUGUCAUCCAAGAAAAGCGAUUUUUUAGUGGAAAACAUUCAUACUAUAGUCCACCUGAUCAAGGUCAGGAUAGUACCCAAUCAACCAAUCGACUGAUACCACGUGGACCGUUGGCGUAUAAUAGUGAUGAACCAUUAUCUUCUCUUAUUAACCGUUUAACAUCAAAUAAUAGUGAUAUGGCAGUGGAUGCUAGGAAUCACAAAUUGGACAUUAAUAGUGAUUUUUCUUCGACCAGUGAACAAAAUGCUCGGUGUACAAAUGCAAGGCCAUCUGCUGAUUCUCUUGGUACCUUGGAUAGUGUUUCUCAACCUCGUGGUCAUCAAAACUCAUGUAAUAACAGUGGUAAAGUAUUAGUAGAUGCUGCUAGUAUUAGUCUCUCUGGUUGGAGUGAAGAUGCAGUUUCACUGAAGACAUUGGAUCGUCUCAUCGGCAUUACACGUCAACAGACAGCUGGAGGGAAUGACUACGGAACUGUCCUAAUUAAUGGUGUUGGUAGUGGAGGGACUAGUGGACCAACUUACUUAGCUACUGAACGUAUUCAGGAAAAUGGUGAAUCACCUAUUAAUUCCUCAACUUCAGCUCUAGAACGGAAUAUUCUAAAUGAUCAAGAUUCAACAAAUUUUACCUUCGCUAGUUCUCAUAUCAAUGGUUAUGCAGGUAUGUCUGCCUCGGCAGCCGAUUCAGUCAGUCAGCACUUAACUCAAACACUUCCUGUUUAUCAACAAAAUAUUCCACGUGUAUCUGGUGAGAAUGAUUCCUAUUGUAAUCUCUAUGCGGGAAGUAUUACAGGUGAGAAUGAUGAAGUUGGCAAUACUAGUGGUGGAGGAGGAGGAAGGGAAACAAAUAGUACAAAUCAGUUUAUGAAUACUCAACCUGUUUCUAAUUUAAGCGAUGCAUGUGAUGGUAUUGGUAUUUCUGUAAUAUUCAGAGGUAGUUCUAAUCUAUUGCAAAUGAAUCAUAACCGUAAUAGUACAAUGGUCAAUAGAGUUUCAUGUGGACGUAAUAACAAUGAAUCCUCUUUAACAUUGAACGGGCCACAUAUUUUUAAUGCUUCCAAUAAUUUAGGACUACUUAAUAACCCUAAUCCAUCAGCAAUCAAUAAUAAUUAUAAUCUUCAACCCAAUUCUAUUGAACUAACUCAUAUUCCGUCAUCGUACAAUACAAAUAAUCAUAAUACACGUCGACCAAGUGCACAAGCUACACUUGUAAAUCAAGUUUUCUGUGCACAAUCGUCUGAUCAGUCACCUAGUGCAAGUCGUUUCAGUUUUAUCUUUUCUCCACUAGACGUAAGUGCACCACAUGCUUCUCAAGAAACACUGAGUACAGCUGCAUCUCAGACAUCUGUCCUACUUGGUUCACCGUCUAGCCCAAGAAGUUUUCAACCCGUUAGCACUUCAACAGAUCAUUCUACAGUGAAUCUCAAUGAAGCUAGUAG